CUUACCAGACACAGCCAUUGGCCAUCUGCCGUGUCGCUCACUCGAGUAGAGCGACUUAAUAGUUUAUGUUAGCGAGUUGGGCCUGCGCCAAAUUUAACCACGAGAAGUGUGUCUGGGUGCAGACAUGGUUGAGAGUGCAUCCAGCGGGGCUACGUGUGUUGUGGUCAGUGGAAGACCUCGGGGCCUGGAUCCUGAUUCCUGAAGACUUGAGUCAGUGGGCUGUUAGCUUGUGGCUGUGACCAGCAGGAGUCCACGUUUUCCUUUCCAUUCAAGGGCAUUGCUGGGGGCCCGAACACCAGUUUUUUGGGCCUGUCAGUGAAGCGGCGCGGCCUCAUGGACCCUCACAGGCACGUAAUGCUUCACCACACGGGAUGUGUAAGCUGACGAGUUUGUGUGGAUCAUGUUGCCGUGGCUCGGGUCAUGAAGGCCAGGAGCCUCAGACUCAUGACUGGAACCCACUCCCCCUGUCCGCACUUGCCAAAUAUAUACGCUCCUAAAGUAAAUAUAAUCCUCUCUGAGUCCACGUGGAAAAGGCCACUACCUGCUCGGCAGCAGAGUCCCCCGGCUGUGCAGUCGAUUAGUCGCUUGGCUCCUAAGAGACUAAUUUGGCCGGAGCUCUGCUGAACUUGGUGCAGGUCUGAGCUCACACAGCCAUGGGGGACUGGAACCUGCUGGCAAAGCUCCUGGAAAAAGCCCAGGAGCACUCCACCGUGGUGGGGAAAGUGUGGCUCACCGUCCUCUUCAUCUUCCGCAUCCUGAUCCUCAGCGCAGCGACAGAGAAGGUGUGGGGCGACGAGCUGUCGGGCUUCACCUGUGACACCAAGCAGCCCGGUUGCGAGAACGUGUGCUACGACAUCACUUUCCCCAUCUCCCACGUCCGCUUUUGGGUGCUGCAGAUCAUCUUCGUGUCCACGCCCACGCUGAUCUACCUGGGACACAUCCUCCAUCUAGUGCGGAUGGAGGACAAGCAGAAAGAGAAGGAGAAAGAGAGGGAGAGGGCACAAGCUCAACACCGAGACAACCAGGCCCUCAUUGUGGAAGUUCAUCACAAAAAGGCUCUGGUGAAGGACAAGGAGGGCAGAGUGCGCCUGCAGGGGGAGCUUUUGCGCACAUAUGUUUUUAAUGUGAUCUUUAAAACCCUGUUUGAGGUGGGCUUCAUUGUGGCUCAGUAUCUCUUGUACGGCUUUGAACUGAAGCCCAUGUACACAUGUGACAGACCACCCUGCCCCAAUGUGGUGAACUGCUAUAUAUCCCGGCCCACUGAGAAAACCAUCUUCAUCAUCUUCAUGCUGGCGGUGGCCAGUUUGUCUCUGUUCCUUAACCUCAUAGAAAUGUACCACCUGGGCUUCACCAAGUGCCGCCAGGGCAUCACAUUCAGGAGAAAUAGACUGGCUGGGAGAAGCUCCAAAGAGCCCAGCAACACCGCUGUGCCCUUUGCGCCGAGUUACGACGACUACUUCCACCAAGUCCAGCCUUCCUACCCUCCAGUGCCCGGCUACAACCUCUCCCCUCUGUCCGAGGGCACAGACUCGUCCUUCCACCCCUACCACAGCAAGGCUGCUUACAAACAGAAUAAGGACAACUUAGCGGUGGAGAGGAGCAGCAGCAAGCCAGAGGAAUGUGACCUGAAAGGAAAGAAGGGAGCGGGAUCAGCCCCUGGGUCACCUACGCAGGCCAGACCGGGCCGCAGUGCCAAACACAGCAACAGCAAGACUAGAAUAGACGAUCUGAAGAUAUGAGGAGGUUUAUGUUUCUCUGAGGGGUCUUAAAAUGUUGUGAGAGGAUCAUAUGUUGUGUGGACACAUUCAUACAUGUCGGACUGGCUUCCCUCUUUAAGAUGGCACAGGUUUGACUCAUUCCAGCUUCUUGAGGGGAGUGACAUUUACUGGGCACACAAAGAAGCUGUGAUGUGGCUCAACAAAAACAUUUCUAUAUGAACCUAGACCUAUUUUUUCUGCCCCAUAACCAUUUGCUGUUUUUGUUUUCUUUCCUUUGGAAAAACUUGAUUGCAUUUAGAUUGUUGCAUAAACAAAGCCCUAAUUUCAGUCAGUAUGCAUUAAAUAUUCUUGUUUAAUUAAUUUGGCUUGUGCAACAUUUUUUCACUAUUCGCUAUUAUCACUGAGAUAAAAAAAAUACCUUCUGCUCAGUUUUUUACUGCAAGCUUAUCUUAUUUUUCAUUGUGUGAUGAACGUGCCCAAAACCUCGGGAACAGAAUCCAGGACAGAAACUUGUUCGGCACUAACCUGACUUCAUUUUUAAUGAAAUCAGAUAGGGCACAUUUAACUUCCUUUUACUCUUCUGAAGUCACCAUCCAGCAGCGUUCACUUGCUGCAACUUGUGUGAGUGAAAAGUGAAAAGUUGUGCAAUACCUGACAACAACACAUUGGACACUGGAGUCACUGUAAACUAAUUCCGGGACGUGCCUCAGAAGAAAUUGCACUGGUCUCAGGAGUUCCCACAUUUGUACUGUCUCCUUUUAUAGCGGCAGCCAGCAAAUACAUAAUUAUAAGCACAUUGUCUUGUUUAUCCUUGUUUAUAUCUACAUUUGUGUCGUUAGUUGUCUAUAAAGCACUUGGCGACAACUUUGUUUGUAAAAGUA